CAGAAGCAUAGCAGAUUUAAGAAAGCAAUGAUUGCUACUCGUAUCUUUAAGUAUAUAAUAAAGGAACAACUGGAUCAUUGAUAUCUUAAAAGGCACCUAGAUCAAAUCAACUAGUGAUUCGAAUAUAUCCGUCAGCCAACAUGAAUUAAAGACAUUAUUCCUGGGGAUAUAUUUACUCAUCUCUGCUUAUGCUCAUGUUCUUCUGCAGUAAAAUAAAUAAUCUGCACGAAAAGGUGGCGACAGAGCAAUAUAUAAGGAGUCCAUCCUGUUACACGCAGAUUGCAGUAUAGCAAACAGCAAGACACAGUUAGAAGUGAGAAGUUGGCGGUGAAGAUAGAGUUUACCCGUAAGCGUAGCAGAGAGCUGUUGAAGGGGAAGUUGAUGGGUUUCCAUAGGGGAAACAAGCCAUCCUCAACAAGUCACAAGGCGAAGCCGAGCUUGUCAUCUUCAUCUUCUGGUACUGCCGGGCACGUGGCUCAUCAGGACUACGUGAUGGCACAGUCAAAGCCGAAGGUUUCAUUUGUGGUGGCAGAUUAUAAACGCGGUGACCUUGUUGCCCAAUUGGAAGACAUGUAUGGAAUAGCUGCUGAUGAGAGCGUGGACACCAGAGCCUCUCUGUAUAUAUCUAGGGUUCAAGAGCGUUUCAAGCUUGAGCGACUGAACUCUGACCGCAUGAAGUUUCAGGAAUCAAGUUAGCUACUGCUCCGUCUGGCUUUCAUGUAUCUCUCACAAAGAAUCCAUAGUUUUCAGGGUCGUGACAGCGUUUGUUCUUGUUUUCUUUUAUAGAUAAAUUGUAACCAUCUACACAAUAACAACAGCAAACUAUCAAUCGCCCUUUGUCGUUUUAA